AUGACAGUCAACGCCACUGCCAACGGUGCCAACGCACCGAAUGAGACGGCUCUGGCCGACUCCGAGCCUCUCAAGGUUGUCGGAGUCGCGCCGAACCCGCUGCUUGACGAGUUCAGAGAUAAGAACCGCCCCAGGGGCGUUUUGAUCCCCCUCAAGACGACUCAGGAAGUUCGCCAGGAUCACACUAUCGUCACAGCGUACAUCACCAGGGCGCCGACCAAGUCGGCCAACGACGUCAUCUCGGCACUACGCAACCUGCGACCCGAAGGCAGUGCUAACCCCCUGCCUCAUCUUCGUACCUGCGCGAAGCCGUCAGAUCUCCCGGCGCAUAUCAAAACCCAGUUCAUGAACGACACGCCCGCUGGACGGCAGAUACACACGGCCAAGUCCAACUGGAUCUACAUCAUUGUGGGUGAGGUCAAAGAGUUCAACAAGGAGGCUGUGAUCCAAACCCUCUCGUGUAUCGAGGGACUCCAGCAGGAGGAAAUCUUCCUCCACAUUAUCCCCAUCCCCCUGCUAGCCCCGACCUCGCAGGUACAGGCUGCCAUGUGGUCUUCCCAGUUCUGGCCCACGGUUUACCGCAAGAACAACCCGCUGGGACCUCAUCCUAGCAUGGUAGGCCGCGGCACCGACGAACUCAAGAACGACGCGCCCAUCUUCAUGGCCCUUGCCCACCGCGUGGCCCUCGACGCCAAGAGAGCUGGCAUCGGCGAAGCCAUGGGAGCGGUCGUUGUCCUUCGCGAUGACAAGGGAUCCCACGUCAUUGGGCUUGCUGGGGACGCGCGCUGGCAUCAGGAGUACGGUAUGGGCACCCCCAUGAACACGAUGACGCACUGCGUCCUCCGUGCUAUCAGCAUGGUGGCACAGAAGCUCGUCCGUCACGAGCGCCGAGCGGCUGGCGUAGAGUUCAAGCAUGCCAACCUCGAAUACGACGCCUUCCAGGACCGGCCCCUUCUGGACAUCGAGCGCCAGUGCUUCCUGCAGGAGCACCCGAACAAGGAGGGCUAUUUGUGCCACGGCCUCGAACUGUACGUGACCCACGAGCCGUGCGUUGCUUGCUCCAUGGGAAUCCUGCACUCGCGCAUGGGCAGAGUCGUGUUUAGCCGACAUAUGCCACGCACCGGGGGCUUGAGCUCGGAUGACCGUCCUGACGGAGGUGGACGAGGGUUGGGGCUCUUCUGGCGUCGCGAGCUCAACUGGAGCCUGAUGGCGUGGGAGUGGGAGCGAAAGGGCGUGCCCGACCUGCCUCACGUCGACCCGACCACUCACGUUUAG